CCAUCACUCAUCUCAUCGCAUUCAGUUCAGGCUAUGAUCAGGCCCAAUUUCUCUGAGUUUCAGCAGCUCUAUUUCCUUUUAGCAUUAUAAUCCGCAAAGCCAUUGGUUGUAGCUUCAGUAAUCAGUGAGGUAUGCUUCUUUCGAGGUCUUCGGCGUAAUGCGCUAACGGACCCAACUCGAUUUCCUCGGCGAUUAGGCAAGUAGCAUCUAUAGCAUAGUUCCAAUGGCGGAAGACAUUCCUUCUCCAGUUGUAGAUAACUGGCGGAGAGUGCUCGAGGCCGCUCACCAGUCAGUAUCAAGAGCGCGACAGCGACAAUCCGUGUUCUUCCAGUCCGUCUUGCCGGAAGGACAGAUCGAUGGCCUCAGCAUUGUGCCGCCGACACUGGCUCAGAGGUCCAACAUUCCCGAUUACCUCGCAGCGGCGAAGGACCUCGAAGCCGAGCAUCCCCGCAUCUCUCGAUUGAUUCUCGAUGCAGCUUAUAGGAAGGCCAUGGUUCUAGAUCCCAACAUGCAAGGCCGCGGAGUGCUCCAGUUCAUCACAGCGCUGCACAUUCUCUUACCCGAGAGCGACAUUGCGGCGGACCCCAGCAGGGACCUGGACAUGGUCCACGAGUUCUACGCCGCGCACCGAGACUACGUCCGGGGAUUGGAGAUGGACCCCGAAAAUAAUAAAGAGGAGCUAGGCAAGGCCUGGAAGACGGAGCGGGUCCUCAUGGAGGUGACCGAGGGCCUAGCACAGUCUGUCACGGGAUCCGAGCGCAAGCAAGUGCAACAGGAGAUUCGGGAGGAUAAGAUGGCAGCUGCUGCCAAGACGCAGGUCUUCACUCGCCAGAACUUCAACAUGAUCGAUUUGGACGCACCCAUUCCCACUGAUGCUCCUCUGUGGAAGAGACGUGUGGGGGGGGCGACUGCGCUGCUCCAUGAUCUCAGAGGAGUGCCCAAUCGGGGCCGCUUCAAGGACAUGCUGCACUACCUUCACUUCGUCUUCGGCUUCCAAGAGGACAACGUGCGGAACCAGAGGGAGCACAUCGUGCUGCUGCUGGCCAACAGCCGAACGUACGAUGAGAGGGGAGCGCCCCUUGCCGCGUCCGUGGGAGAUGAUGCUGCAGCGAUGAACAUGGCCCUUGAGUCCGUUUCCUCCAAGGUGCUCGGUAACUUCCUCCGCUGGGCACAGUACAUCCACGUGGACAUCCCCUACUUCACGGCGGAGCACCGAAUGCUGCACACGUGCCUCUUCCUGCUCAUAUGGGGCGAGGCAGCCAACGUCCGCUUCCUGCCAGAGUGCCUCUGCUACCUCUUCCACCAGAUGGCGAUGGAGCUGGACGGGCUGAUGCAGAAGACAGCGGCGGAGCAGAGCCACAUGAUGGGCACAGGGGGGGAGUACGCGUUCCUCAACAACGUCAUUGCGCCCUUCUACAAGAUCAUCAAGCAGGAGUCGGACUAUGCGGGCCAUGGCAGUGACGCUAAGGGCCACCCUGCGUGGCGCAACUAUGACGACUUCAACGAGUUCUUCUGGAGCAAGCGCUGCUUUGAGCUGGGGUGGCCCAUCCGCACCAGCCAUGCGUUCUUCAAGCCCCCUCCUGUCAAAAACAAGGACCCUGGCAAGAAGAAUGAGCCCCCUAAAACUGCAGAGGGAGGGGAGUUUUCCAAGGGGAGUCGGCUGAGCAAGACGCUCUUUGUGGAGUGGCGCUCCUUCCUGCACAUCUACCGCAGCUUCGACCGCAUGUGGGCCUUCCUGCUCCUCAUGUUCCAGGGCAUGGCGAUAGUGGCGUUCAGUGGGCAGGACGGGUCCACCACUCUCAUGAAGGUGCUCUCCGUGGUGCCCAUGGCCGCCAUACUACGCUUCUUUCAGGUGCUCUUUGACAUUCUGCUGUCGUUCGGCGCCUAUCGCAGCAUGACCAUGCAGACCAUCUCCCGCAAGUUCCUCCGCCUUGCAGUGCUGGGCGCCUGGGGGGGCUUCCUCACCUUCUUCCUCGUCAUGUACUUCAAGUCGGGCUUCGACUUCAACAGCCCCUACCGCCCGCUCUUCCUCAUGCUGGCAGCCAUCUACGCCAUCCCUGCGGUGGUGCUCUCCCUGCUGCUGCGCUUCGUCACGCCGCUGCGCUCCCAGCUCGACCAAGUCAGCCACCACCGCUUCUUCCAAUUUGUCAAGUGGUUCUAUCAGGAUGAGGUGUACACGGGAAGGGGCAUGUAUGAGAGCUUCAAAGACACAUUUCUGUACUCGCUGUUCUGGGUGGUGCUGCUGCUGGCCAAGUGCCUCUUCAGCUACUACUUCCAGAUUCUCCCCCUCGUGGGCCCCACGCGCUACAUCAUUGGCUUCAAGCACCUCAAGUACCGCUGGAAAGACCUCGUCUCUGCAAGCAACUACAACGCUCUCACGCUUCUCUCCAUCUGGGCGCCAGUCUUUGUGAUCUACCUGAUAGACGCGCAGAUCUGGUACACUGUGCUGUCAGCCAUCCUCAGCACACUCAUUGGCGCGUGGUGGCAUCUGGGGGAGAUCCGCACUCUGUCCAUGCUGAGGGCCCGGUUCCGGUCUUUCCCAGCAGCCUUUAUGAACACAGUGCACCACCAAAACAAGUUCAACCGCACGCGCUCCACGUCCCUGCGGUCAUCGGCGCGCUUCCAGCCGUUGGGGUCGCAGCAGCCAGCGGGGAGCGGCAGCGAGCUGCUGCUGUCUUCAAGAAGGGAGGCGUGCAAGUUUGCCAUCGCGUGGAACGAGAUCAUCCGGCUGCUAAGAGAAGAAGACUACCUCUCAGACAGGGAGUGCGAUCUGCUCAUCAUGCCAGCUCUCCCCUCCAAUGUCACUGUUGUGCAGUGGCCGCUGUUCCUCCUAGCCAAUCAGAUCCUACUAGCAGUGGGCGAGGCAUCAGGGCGCAAGGACUCACAAGCAUCGGUGUGGCGCAAGGUGACUGCGGACGAGUACAUGCGCUGCGCUGUGCUCGAGGCAUACCAGAGCCUACGCCCCUUCCUGCUCUCCGUCGUCGAGCCCAGCCGCAUAGGCUCCGACACCGACGCCACUUCUGCAGGGCAGGGAGUGCCUGGCGGCGGCGGCGGUGGGGUGUAUGAGGCACGCAUCAUCAACCGGCUGUUUGAUGAUUUGGAGGUGGAGGCGAACAAUGGCAGCCUGCUCACCACCUUCCGCUUCAAUGCUCUCCCUGUCAUCCUCGACCGCUUCUCCAAGCUCACUGCUGUGCUGAUCCAGGACCAGAACGAGAUGACGCAGCGAUCAGCCGUGCAGGCGCUGCAGGCGCUUUACGACACCGUCAAGUUCGACUUCCUCUCGCCCGACCACAGAGCAAGCCUGGAGGAGGUAUCGGGCAAGCCCCCGUCGUACUGCCUGUUCUCGUCGGUGGCAUGGCUGAGCAACAGGGCGGCGGUGAAGCGGCUGCACCUGCUGCUGACCAUCAAGGAGUCCGCCAUGGACGUGCCGCACAACCUCGAGGCGCGCCGCCGCCUGCAGUUCUUCACCAACUCGCUGCACAUGCGCAUGCCCGGCGCACCUAAAGUCGCGGACUCUGUGCCCUUCUGUGUGAUGACGCCGUACUACAGCGAGAUCGUGACCUACUCCAUGGCCGAGCUCGUCAAGCCCAACGAGGACGGCAUCUCCACCCUCUUCUACCUGCAGAAGAUCUUCCCAGACGAGUGGGCCAACUUCCUGCAGCGCGUGGGCAUGGGCGAGAAGGAGCUGGACGUGCGGCUGAGGGCCAAGGACGACAUCAAGGAGCUGCGCAUGUGGGCGUCGUACCGCGGCCAGACGCUCGCCCGCACCGUGCGCGGGAUGAUGUACUACCACCGGGCGCUCAGGCUGCUGGCGUUCAUGGAGAUGCCAAACGCCUCAGACCUGGAGCUAGGAGCCGACGGCCUGCCCCUGGACCCGGCGGACAGGCUGUACCUGUCAAAGUUGGAGCCAAAGGAGCUGGCGGAUGUGAAGUUCACGUAUGUGGUGACGUGCCAGAUCUACGGCAAGCAGAAGAUGGACAAGGACCAGCGCGCUGCUGACAUCUUCAACCUCAUGAAGGAGAACGAGGCCCUGCGAGUGGCAUACAUUGACGAGGUGGUCACCCUGCCAGCAGACCCCUCGCGGCCCGACGCGCGGCCCAAGACGGAGCACUUCUCACGCCUGGUGAAGGUGGACACGUUUGGCAACGAGCAGGACAUCUACAAGGUGAAGCUGCCCGGCCCGGCCAAGCUGGGCGAGGGCAAGCCCGAGAACCAGAACCACGCCAUCAUCUUCACCCGCGGGGAGGCGCUGCAGACCAUUGAUAUGAACCAGGACCACUACUUUGAGGAGACGCUCAAGAUGCGCAACCUGCUGCAGGAGUUCGCCACGCGGCACGGGCUCAGGAAGCCGUCUAUUCUGGGCGUCAGAGAGCACAUCUUCACUGGCAGUGUGUCUUCGCUGGCGUGGUUCAUGUCCAACCAGGAGACCAGCUUCGUCACCCUCGGUCAGCGCUUCCUCGCCAUUCCUCUCAAGGUGCGCAUGCACUACGGGCACCCCGACGUGUUUGACCGCCUCUUCCACAUCACGCGGGGCGGCAUGAGCAAAGCGUCCAAGACCAUCAACAUCAGCGAAGACAUCUUCGCCGGGUUCAACACCACAUUGAGGCAGGGGAAUGUGACCCACCACGAGUACAUCCAAGUGGGCAAGGGUCGGGAUGUGGGUCUCAACCAGAUCGCUCUCUUUGAGGCCAAGGUCGCCAGUGGCAACGGCGAGCAGGUGUUAUCUAGGGACAUCUGUCGGCUGGGUCAGCUAUUUGACUUCUAUCGUCUCCUCUCCUUCUACUUCACCUCCGUUGGCUUCUUCCUCUGCACCGCUCUUACGUCCUUCUGUGCCUUCCUCUUCCUCUAUGGACGGGUCUAUCUGAGUCUGUCGGGCGUGGGGGCAACGCUGUCGUCGCAGAGUGAGAGUGUGGCGAACCUGGCGCUGGAGUCGGCCAUCAACACGCAGUUCCUCAUCCAGGCGGGCUUCUUCACCGCCGUGCCCAUGAUCAUGGGCUUCAUCCUCGAGCAGGGAUUCCUCAGGGCCAUAGUGAGUUUCAUCACGAUGCAGCUGCAGCUGGCGUCGGUCUUCUUCACCUUCUCCCUGGGCACGAGGGCGCACUACUUCCUGCGCACGCUGCUGCACGGCGGGGCCAAGUACCGCGCCACGGGGAGAGGCUUUGUGGUGCGCCACAUCAAGUUUGCUGACAACUACCGCCUCUACUCGCGCUCCCACUUCACAUACGGCAUCGAGGCCAUCAUGCUGCUGACGGUCUACAUGCUGUAUGGGGGCACCAGCUCGGGGCUCGUCUAUCUCCUCAUCACAGUGUCCUCCUGGUUCCUCGCUCUCUCGUGGUGCUACGCACCCUACAUCUUCAACCCAGCAGGCUUCGAAUGGCAAAAGACGGUGGCGGACUUUGAGGACUGGGUGGAGUGGCUGUGGUACAAGGGCGGCGUGGGGGUGAAGGGCGAGCAGAGCUGGGAGUCGUGGUGGGACGAGGAGACGGAGCACGUGCGCACGAUCCGCAGCCGCAUCAUCCAAGUGAUCCUCAACCUGCGCUUCUUCUUCGUGCCCUACGGCAUCGUGUACCAGCUCAACGUGGCGCAGGGCAACACUAGCAUCCUGGUGUAUGCAUAUGCGUGGAUCAUCUUUGUGGUCGUCGCCCUCGUCUUCUGGGUGUUCAACUUCUCGCGGGCGUGGGAGGCGCAGCUGCCGAUUCGGCUGCUGCAGAUCAGCGUGGCGGUGCUCUUCGUGACGUCCAUCGCCGUGCUCGUCACCGUCACCUCGCUCACUGUCGGCGACCUCUGCUCCAUCAUCUUCCUCUUCAUCCCCCUCACUGGCUGGGGGCUCCUCCAGGUGAUUAUAGCCCUGCGGCCCGUGCACAACAAGCGGCUAUGGUGGUGGCGGCAGGUGCGCACUCUGGCACGUGUGUACGACGCAAUCAUGGGGGGAAUGAUCUUCCUGCCCGUGGCAGUGCUCUCGUGGUUCCCCUUCUUCUCCACCUUCCAGACCCGCCUUGUCUUCAACCAGGCCUUCUCCAGAGGCCUCGAGAUCUCCCUCAUCCUUGCUGGCAAGCCCUCCGAUGCUACUGCUUAGGGUGGAUAUUGUCUUUGUACAGUGGGUGUAGUGUAGGUCUGUGUUGGUGCUUGCUGGUAUGCAAUGCAAGUAACAAAAACAGCUGGAAGGAAAGAUGUGCUCAUUUACGGUGGGGGCAAACUCGUGCUAAACUGCUUGGAGGGCUCUUUGCAUGGUUUCAGAAGGCUAGGGAUCGUACACACACACUACACUCCAUCGUAGUCGGAUAUCGCAAUGAGAAUUGCAAUGUAGGUUGCCACACAUUUGGCCCACCAUUGUGCUUGCUGCAUGUUUCGGAUAAGGACUAAAAGCCAAGAAUGGAAUAUAACUCGAUUGCCUAC